AUGGUGUUACGGUGUCUUCAAAGUGGUGGCAGUAGCGGGACUCUCGCCCUUGGUUACGCUGUUGUGGCCGAUGUGUCCACCAGUGGAGAACGUGGCAAAUACAUGGGCAUUGUAGGAGCUGGCAUCAACAUUGGUCCGGCAUUGAGUCCUGUCCUCGGUGGAAUACUCUCAGAAUACCUUGGCUGGAGAGCCAUAUUCUGGUUUUGCGCCAUAUUCACCGUCAUAUGGAUAAUUCCAUACACACUCUCCGUACCAGAGACUUGCCGGAAUGUCGUGGGCAAUGGCUCUAUCCCUCCUCAAGGGUGGAACAUGACCCUCAUUGACUACAUGCGCUUCCGCCACCAGCCUCAAAGGGAGCGUGCGGUGCGGAAACAGAAGCUAAGAUUCCCUAACCCACUGCGAUCUCUUGCUGUCAUCUGCGAGAAGCAAGUUGGAAUCAUCCUCUUCUAUAACGCUCUACUAUAUCUCAUCUUCAUCACAAUGGUCGCCACGAUGUCUACACAAUUUGCCGAGAUUUAUCACUACAAUGACCUUGAGCUUGGUCUCUGCUACCUACCGUACGGAGUCGGAUGCUGCAUCGCCGCCAUCAGCCAAGGAUAUAUCCUCGACUGGAAUUACCGCCGUACCGCACGGAAGAUCGGCUUCACCAUCAAUCUCAAGCGGGGCGAUGACUUGUCCAAGUUUCCCAUCGAGAAGGCGCGCAUCCAGACAGUGUAUCCCACCAUCUCCCUCGGUAUCGUCGCGACAAUCAUAUACGGCUGGGUCCUGGAAAUGGAGCCAAGCAUCGCAGCGCCUCUUGUCCUGCAGUUCAUCAUUGGCAUGUGCGUGACCGGCUCGUUCGGCAUUCUGAAUACGCUCAUUGUAGACCUGUACCCUGAGGCGCCUGCCACGGCUGUAGCAGCGAACAAUUUCGUCCGUUGCUGUCUCGGGGCGGUGGCGACGUCUGUUGUGGAGAGUAUGAUCAAGGGUAUGGGUAGAGGCUGGACUUUCACGUUCUUCCCACUGCUAGCCCUCGUGUUCUCUCCUAUUCUCUGGAUUUCAACGAAGUACGGCAUGCAGUGGAGGGCGGAGAGGAGGGCGAGGAAUCAGAAGCGGAAGGAGAAGAAGGCAAGUGAAAAGGCUGCGGCGGCGGCGGUAGCAACUUCUUGA